AUGAUGUUCAGACGUGAGCUGGAUUUAAGAGAACGUGAAGCAAAGAAAUUACUUAGGGAAAAUAUCAAGGGAAUCACGAAACCUGAUCUUCGCAGGCUAGCACGCCGAGGUGGCGUUAAACGAAUAUCGGCUGGUACCUACGAAGAAGCGAGAAACGCGCUAAAACUUUAUUUGCAAGAAGUACUCAGAGACGUUGUCUCUUACAUAGAGUACGAAAAUAAAAAAACGAUUACCGUUAUGGAAGUGUUAUUAGCACUAAAAAAACGAGCAUUUAACCUAGAAACCGUUCAAGUCACUGAAGAUGUCUCGAUCACGUAUCAAGAACCUAUUCCUCAGCCAUCCUUGACUAUACCUAUUCCUCAGACAUCCUUGACUAUUCCUCGGACACCUUAUCAAGAACCUAUUCCUCAGUCACCUUUGACUCCUCAAACACCUUUAACUCCUCAAACACCAUUAACACCUCGUAGUCAUUCAGGAUCAGUACUUUUAACGUUAGAAGAAAGGUUAGAAUCUAAAAUUAAUCAUGAAUAG